AUGCCUUCCAUGUUCUCCAAAAAGUAUAGUGGCCUCGCCCUUCUCCAGCUUCUUUCAGCGGCCACCGUCGCCUUGGGCCAUCCCGGAGGCGUCCCCCGCCUCAUGGGCCGUAGCGGCUACAUAGACAUCCGUGAUCUCCCCGACCUUACUGGGAGAGACAGCAACCUUGUCAAGCGUGUCGUCUCCCCCGACGGUACCUGCGGUGGUACUAAAGCAUACACUUGCGGGACAACCGUGAACAAGUGCUGUUCCCAAUACGGAUACUGUGGUGACUCCGAUCUCCACUGUCAAAGCUCCGAAAACUGCCAGACGGCAUUCGGGAAUUGCAUAACUACAACUGGAGGUUCAGGCCGCUGUGGAACUCAGGGCAACGGAGCGAGCUGUGCAGCGGGACAGUGCUGCAGUGAGGGUGGAUACUGUGGUACCACGGCGGAUUACUGUAUGGCACCACUGUGUCAGGUUGGGUUUGGAAAGUGUGAUGCUGAUACUAUCCCGGCCGGAGCUAGCACUUCAACUGUUGCCCGUCCUAAGGUCGGCAAUGUCCUCUAUGGUGCAGGGGGCAUUUACGCCUGUAACACCGUCGGAGAGGUCGCACUCACCUACGACGACGGUCCUGACCAGUACACCAGUAACAUGCUUGACCUCCUUGCCUCUUAUAAUGCUAAAGCCACUUUCUUUAUCACCGGUAUUAAUAACGGAAAGGGUGCUAUCGACACGACACCCGCCUGGAAAACUGUGAUCCAGAAGAUGUACGCCGCUGGGCACCAGCUUGCCAGUCACACCUGGUCACACGCAGAUCUGAGUGCUAUUUCAGAGGCAAGGAGGAGGGACGAAAUGUUCAGACUUGAGAUGGCCAUGCGCAACAUUGUCGGAUUCUUCCCAACAUACAUGCGCCCACCUUACAGUUCCUGCACCGCCGCCUGCCAGGCUACCAUGGCAGAUUUGGGAUACCACAUCAUCUACUUUGACCUCGAUACUGAUGAUUACAACAAUGUCACUCCCGCGCUCAUCAACAACGCCGUCAACAACUUCAACAACGCUGUCAACCCGUCAAACCCAGCGACAAAGAGCUGGUUGGCCAUUGCUCACGACAUCCACCCAUUGACAGCCACGACGUUGACACAGGAGAUGCUGAAGACAAUCACCGCCAAGGGAUACAAGGCCGUUACAGUUGGAAAGUGCUUGGGUGAUCCAGAGGCCAACUGGUACAGAGGAUCUGCCACACCCCCAACAUCUUCUACAACCACCACCACCACCACCACCACCACCCCUGCCACCACGAUCACCACUUCUACUACUUCUGCGGCGCCGACGAGCACGGGUACUUGCACAUACACUGUCAAAACCUGGUGCGGAAAAGCAAUUCCAUCAUGGACUACCACUGCAAAAUGUUGGGAUGCUGUUGGCAAUUGCUGGGACCAAGGUGACUUGUGCUGGAACACGGCUGACGAUGCCAAAUGCUCAAACUACCAGAACACCUGCGUGGCCAUGGAGAGUUACUGCCAGGCUUGCGCCGAUAGCGGAGCUACCAACUGCGCCUACAAGGCCCCUGUCUACCCUACAGUUUAG